AUGGCUGGUGUCAUUUUCAUACCGUCAUCGUGUCCUUCAAUCAGGGCCGAUAAAACUGGACAAAUGAGCACACAAUGCAACUCGCGUUUUUCUGCCUCUUUGAAGGGUCUACACAACCUCCCGAUUGACUCCGGUAAUGGUGGAAGUCUGGCGGUGGAGCAACAAGGCGAAGAGGUCUUUCAAGAGACUUCAGCUACUUUGCCGCCUCGCGUGAAUCCUACACCAGAGCGGCGUAAAGUUAACUUGUAUAGCCUGCGUAAUUGUGGAGUUGUGGCUGUGCAGCUUCUAGGUAGCCACUGGUCUGCUGCACAGCACUCUUCUCUCCAACUCCUUCAUGCAAUUAAAUGCAAGCUGUGUGUGGGUGUUGGUGUGGGAGCUGAGAAUGAAGCUGAUUGA